CGACGCCGGUUGUUUUCCUGCAUUUAAACGAUUCUAGAUUGUUGGGAAGAAAACAAAAGUAACAUGAUGAAAGACUCCGAUUUCGUAGAUCCGCAAAAUGUGGUAAAGUGUCGCGAACUGUUGUAUCGUUUGAUGAUAAGUCAACUAUUUUACGACGGUCAUCAUCAACUGGCAGUGGAGCUGACCGGAUUAGUGCGCGCAGAUCCACCGUGUCCGCCGUCUGAUCGGUUGCUGAACAUUUUUCGGCAGGCAAGUCAGAUAGACUCGAGCAAGCAAACAAACGUGUUCGAUGAAGUAUCGUCCGGAUUGGAUCUCGAGUUUGAGAUCGAAAGCAGUGCCAUGGCACCGGAACCAGCAUCAUACGAAACGGCUUACGUGACCUCCCACAAGGCUGCAUGCAGAGCUGGUUGUUUCAGUUAUGAUGGACAAUUAGUAGCUACCGGGAGUGUAGAUGCUAGCAUAAAAAUUCUAGACGUUGACAGAAUGUUAGCGAAGUCGGCUCCGGAUGAGCAGGAUUCGGGACGAGAACAACAGGGCCAUCCGGUUAUCAGGACAUUGUAUGAUCACACGGACGAGGUUUCUUAUUUGGAGUUUCAUCCGAAGGAUCAGAUUCUUGCUUCGGCUGCUCGAGAUCACACGGUCAAAUUGUUCGACAUUUCAAAAGCUUCUGUCAAAAAAGCGCACCGGGUGUUGAGCGAUUGUGCCCCAGUUUGUUGUCUAGCAUUCCAUCCGACUGGGGACUAUAUGGCUGUCGGGACCGACCAUCAUGUUCUCAGAGUUUACGAUGUUCAAACCGGCCAAUGUUUUGUCAGUGCUAUUCCAUCUCAACAGCAUACAGAUUCUAUCACAUGUGUUAGAUAUUCGAUUAAUGCUAAAGUUUAUGCUACCGGAAGUAUGGAUGGCUCCAUAAAACUCUGGGAUGGCGUAAGCGGUCGUUGUAUUAAUACUUUUGCUCAAGCUCACGACGGAUCGGAGAUUUGUUCGGUAGUUUUUACGCGGAAUGGAAAAUAUCUGCUUUCAUCCGGUCAGGAUUCUUUAGUCAAGCUCUGGGAACUGAGCACUAGUCGUUGUUUGAUUGCUUAUACCGGUGCCGGAACGACCGGCAAGCAAGAACAUCAAACGCAAGCUGUUUUCAAUCACACUGAGGAUUACGUUCUUUUCCCGGAUGAAGUCACCACGUCCUUGUGCUCGUGGAACUCACGCAACGCAUCCCGUUGCCAUUUGAUGUCACUUGGUCACAACGGAGCUGUCCGUUUUAUCGUCCACUCUCCGAACCAUCCGGCGUUCCUAACCUGUUCGGAUGAUUACCGAGCGAGAUUCUGGGUGAGACGGUCCAACUCUCACUAAACAAAAAUUAUAAGCCAGUGCAUGCCCAAGCACUCUACACAUCUAUUGUACUAACUGAUAUCGCAUUUCAUUCUUUUAUAUUAGGUCCAUCAUGAAGCAUAUUGAAUAAAGACACUGAAUAAUUUGGUAACCUAAGCCGAUCUGCGCUGACAGCGUUUACGGUCGUUAAACAUGUGUGACCUAUUCCUA